AUGGCACCGAAGCGACUACAGGACAUCAUGAUGAGAUGGAACCGGUACGAUUUUAACUUUGUGUAUGUCAAGGGAACUAACCUUACAAUUGCAGAUACGUUGAGUCGCGCAUAUCUGAAGAGUGAGGAAGGUAAUUUUAGUGAGAGACUAAGAAUCAUGGCAUUGAAAAGUGACGAACCAUGUGACAUUCCUGAUGCUCGACUUAGUGAAAUAAAAGAAGCAACAGAGAGUGACGAGGAAAUGCAAAUUCUCAAGGAAACUGUGAUGAACGGGUGGCCGGAGCAGAAACAAGAAACGCCACAGAGAAUUCGCCAUUAUUUUGACUUUAGAGACACUAUAUCAUACAGUGAUGGACUUAUGCUCAAAGGGGAAGCUGUAAUAAUCCCUAAAUCUUUGAGGAGUGAAAUGAAGGCCAGACUUCACAAGGCUCACUUUGGAUAUGAUAGCAUGCUGAGAAGGGCAAGAGGAACAAUAUUUUGGCCAGGAAUGAAUUCAGACAUCAAGCAGUUGGCUGAUUGUUGCUCAAUAUGUCAAGAGAGAAAACCAAUGAACCAAAAUGCUCCAUUGAUGCAGCAUGCAGAAGGAUCUACUCCAUGGCAGAAAAUAGGACUUGACCUGUUUGAGCUGAAUGGAAAGCAUUAUUUGAUUGCAGUUGACUAUUUUUCUAGUUUCAUCGAAAUCGACUUGCUAACAUCUUUGACAAGCUCCAGAGUAAUAGCUUUACUCAAGAAACAAUUUGCUCGAUUUGGAAUUCCAAAUGUAAUCAUGUCUGAUGGAGGACCACAGUUCGUAAGCCAAGAAUUCCAAGAUUUUGCAAAGAAGUGGGGUAUAACUCACAUGACAUCAUCGCCUAUGCAUCAACAAGCCAAUGGCAAGGCCGAGUCAGCUGUAAAAAUCAUGAAGACUUUGUUAAGAAAAUGUGAAGCGGAGAAGACUGAUCCUUAUGAAGCAAUUCUUGAACAAAGAAAUACACCAAAACAGGAUACUGGUAUUAGUCCUGCAGAAAUCAUGUUUAACAGAAAAGUGCGUGGCAUGAUUCCACAUUUUCCACAGAAACUGGAGAAACCAGAAAGUGAUGCAUUCAUCAGGAAGAGGAAUCAGCGCAGACAGACAGUAAAGAAAUCGUUUGACAAGAAGUCUCGCGAGCAGAGUGAAUUGGACGUUGGUCAAGCAGUAUUCUUCCAGCAUCUAGAGGGACGCAACUGGAAACUCGGAAAGAUCAAUGGUAUUCUUGGACCAAGGACAUACACUGUCAAGGACCAGAACGGAACCACUUAUCGUAGAAACAGAAUUCAUUUGCGACCUACCACAGUUAAUUUCUAUAGUCGUGACCGCUCACCGAUGCGUUCAGUCCCAGAUGAUGAUACAGAGGGCAUACAGAGACACUUUGUAACAGACUCUAAGCCAGUGAACAAUCCGAACUCUACUGUUAGCGGAAGCGCACCAGAAACACCGUCCGUUGAACUUACCGUACCAACGCAAAAUGAACCACUCCGUGAAGGAAGACCUGUUCGCGAAAGGAGAAAACCAGCCUAUCUGAAAGACUAUAUUACUGGUUAA